UUCAAACCAUCCGCGACCCAGACCUUCGCAAUUCAGCAAUUGGAACGAGGAAUCAGAAAACCGCUUGGAGACUGGAACGACGGACCAACGAAGGAGGACCAAUGAAGCCUCGCACAAGCGGCUGAACACCGACUGAACGCCACCAAGCUCCAGCGCCCAGCACCAGGCCGCCAGGCCCUCCACCGUCCACCGCGCCGCCCACUGCUCUCCGCCAGUCCGCCUUCACUGCACCACAGUCCGGUGGCUAAAAAUAAGGACAAAAGGAUAUUAUGAUUCGGAUCAAGGUCUGCUAAGACAUGGCCAAUUAUUUCCUGGGCCAUCCCCAUCAUGCGGUGCAAGCGUCUAUGUAAUUAAUUUAGUGGGCCAAGUGUGAUAAUAUCAUAAUAGUACUUAUUAUCCCUCUGCUGCUAUAGAAGAGUCUGAAAAUAUUUCUUGGCGGGAACAGUUGAUGCUCACGAUUCCCUUUUUAUAUUAGUAUAGAUAUGUUAAAAAGGGUAUAUUAAAAUAUUCCCUUUUUAAUAUUUCUGGACUGGAGGCCCCGUUAAUAUAUUACGAGGAACCCAAAUGAUGUUUGGGGCUGUCCAAUUGGGAAUAAUGGCGGCUUGCGUGGUGCUCUUCGUUCCGCUUGGUAUGGCGGGCUGGCAUUUGAGCCGCAACAAGAUGCUCUUCUUCAGCUGCGCCCUCUUCAUCACCCUCUCCGUCGGCGUCCACUUGACCCCUUACUUCCCUUCAAUCUCCUCCCUCCUCCCAUCUCCGGGUUUCCCGCAUUCUGAAUCCUCUCCAGAUUUAAAUCCUAAUUCUUGCAUUUCCUCACUUCAUCAAGUCACAUUCAGUGUCCCGAAAUCAGACACAAGCAACAAAUCUUGGGAUUGGGCACAUUCCGAGCUUGGGGAUCGAUGUGAAUUCCAAAAGUUGAGGAGACAGGAUGCUUCAGAUUUGCUAAACGGGUCAUGGGUCGUUGUUGCAGGGGAUUCACAGGCGAGACUAUUGGUGGUUUCAGUAUUGGAGUUGUUAUUGGGGUCAAAUGAGGUCAGCGGGGAUCUCUUCAAGAGACACAGUGAUUACAGCAUUGUGUUGGAUGAUAUUGGGAUGAAGCUUGAUUACAGAUGGGCACCAUAUGUAAGUAACUUGACUCGUUUGGUGUAUGAUUUCAAGGAUAAUAACUAUUACCCUGAUGUGCUAGUGAUGGGGUCCGGGCUAUGGGAUAUGUUACAUGUGAAUGAUGCAUCAGAUUAUGGGGUCUCAUUGAAGCUGUUAAGAGAUUCACUAGUGAUGUCCUUACCCAUGUACCCGGAGUCCGAGUCAGGUACAGGUCGGUCGCCCCGCAUGUUUUGGGUUGGGAUGCCGAUGCUGAUAAAUUCGAUGUUGAACACAGAAGAAAAGAGGGAGAGGAUGACUGAUGCUCAAUGGAAGGCUUAUAGUGAAGAAGUUUAUCGUAGUAAACUGCUGUUAGGAUAUGGCGGCCCCCUUUUCUUGUUGGAUAUUCACGCUUUGAGUGGUAAUUGUGGGGCGGAAUGCACCACAGAUGGUAUGCAUUAUGAUGGGAUUGUCUAUGAUGCGGCAGUUCAAGUCAUGUUAAACGGAUUGGUUAUAGAGUCCAACCAAAAGUUGUUAUGAUGAAGGGGCAGGGCUGUUAUGGGUUCUCAUCUAACCUGAUGUUUCUGUUAAUGCAUAGGUCUUAUAGAGUUGGAGAAGGCAUUCAUUUUUCCACAUACAACCUUGAUGAGCAAAUGGAUGAUGCAUUUGUGCUCUCAUGUAAAAGCAUUUUUAUUUGUAUUAUUUCCAAGCAAAUUUUAUACGGAGUAUAUACAGACAUACAGUGCCAUUA